AUGCAUACUGCUGUCUCUGACUCGGGCCAAGCUCCUGACACUCGUGGCCUGUCUGGCCUAUUCGGGAGCUUGAACAUCCAGGGUCAGCGUCCAGGAGCAAAGUAUAAUGGCAUCAAGAACAACAUGCCGGUAGCUGUGCCUCCUUACAACCAGCUGGUUCUUCUGCCCAAUGGGACUAUUUAUGGCGGUCUACCCUACGACCAGAACCCGUAUCUACCCACGACUGGUAUCUAUCCAGGCCUGGCUCCUCCAUGUCCGGUGGUUCCCAACCCUGCCGGUGACUUCUACCAUGCUCCCGCCCCGAACAUGGAGGCUCCUGCACUGCCCAACUAUGGUUUCAAUAGCUUUUCCCAGCCGGCACCGCCUUGUUUACCCUUUCAAAUGAUGAAGACUCCCACCGGAUACAUUUUGCAAGACCUUGAAAGCUUAACCCAACAAGAUCCACCGAUCCCACGGGCCGUGCCUGCUAUGUGGACUAACCCUUCUGAACUGACGCUUGCCAAAUGUCUCGAGAACCGAGAAGGCAUCACCAAUGUCUACAUUAGAGGCUUUCUUCCCGAGACUACCGAUGAGAUGCUGCACGCCUAUGCCUCCCGCUUCGGAAAAAUUGAUCGAUGCAAAGCAAUCGUGGACCUGGACACGGGCCUUUGCAAAGGGUUUGGCUUUGUCCAGUACUACAAUUUUGAAUCCUGCGAAAACUGUAUUCGAGGGUUCUUCUAUCUUGGCUACCAAGCUAGCUUCGCUCAGAAAUCUCGCAACUCCCGUCUUAAGGAUCUCGAAGACAAGACAUCCACCAAUAUCUAUUGCACCAACAUUCCAAUCGAAUGGACAGAGGCUGAUCUCCGUCAUCACUUUGAGCCAUACCGUGUGAUUUCCGAGAAGAUCAGUCGUGACGAAAAGACCGGAGUGAGCAAGGAGGUUGGGUUUGCCCGAUUCGAAACUCGCGAAAUCGCGGAGCAUGUGCUGUCUGAGUAUCACAAUGUGGUUGCCAAAGAUGGUGUGAAGUUGCUCCUACGUUUCGCAGACACCAAAGCCCAAAAGCUUCUCAAGCAGCAGAGUAACGAGCGUCGCGCCUAUCGUGCAGGCGAAUACAACUAUUCGGUCGAGGUAGUCCAGGGUUCCACUCCAUCACCCUCUGUUAACCGUCUUCAGCAGACUGCAUCUCAUCUCAGUCCCAACUCGCAAGCGAGCUAUGUGUCUCCUCCUGGAGUGGGCGCAGCUUGGACUCCGGCGACAUCUAUUUCCCCAUCGUUUCCCUUGGCGAAGAACCAGGUCAGCAACAUGAGGUUCAACUCGUGGUCUUCCAGGAAUGGAGCGGGAGGACUGGAGAAUACCCCUCUCUACCGUGGACGACGGGGGGUUUGGACUGAAAAUAACUCCGGCUCUUCUUCCAAGGCUGCCUUCCCUACCACACCCUGCAUUGAAUCUCGCUCCGAGCAAUCUAGCCCCCGAAAGGAGAUAAAGGCCGGUUCCCUGUCACCGAUUUCCUCCCGCAAAGAGGUCAUUGUGACUUCGCCCCGGUCGGUCAUCUGA